AUGCAAAAAACCGAGAGUGACUCUGGCGCAGCUGGUGCGCCCACGUCCGCUCCGCCUAGUCAAGGUCGAGCUAUCGGCUUUCUGGACUUAUCUGGGGCUGAGCAGAGCAUCUUGGUCAAGCUCUCGCACGACCCCAGCCUUACUAAGAACAACAUCGACUAUAUCGUUCAAGAUCGUACGCUCCUAGGUCUCACACGAACCUGUAGACAGAUUCGCGAUGAAUUCUUGCCUAUCUAUCUCACAACGACCACUAUCGCAAUACCAUAUUACCAGGUUGAUCAGUUCAUCUCUACGUUUAUCGACCCACAACGUGGCACCUACGACGACGCGGUCGGUAGUGUUAUCUUGCUGAGGCCAAGGGUUUUAGUAACACGUCAUUCCGUCAACAUACUCCCAUUGGUCAAAAUCAUCGCUCGGGCGCCACGCUUGAUUGCACGCUUUCUCAACGAGGACACUAAUGACUUCCGCCAGAACAGCUUGUUCAACUCGCUGCUCAACACCCAUCGCAACCCCCGCUGGAAUGUCUACGCAAAAAACUGCCUUUCUCAGAUCACCAUCAGCAGUUGUCCGAAUGAAGGUCUGAAGACCACAAUCGUGGUCAAGAAAGAGUGGGCGGAAAGCUGGAUGGGUCUCAACUUCUAUGAGAAGACUAAGCAUCUCAUCGCAGCAAUGGCAUGGAGUAAACGUGUUGGUCUCAACAGGAACAGUGGCAAGUACAGUUCGCUCCUCUAUCACUUUGGCGAUAUAGUUCCGGAAGAUACUGCGACGUCAGCGAAGCUCGACAGUGAAUGA